AUGUUCUGGGGGAUUAGUCCAGCUCUUGAUUUACAAACGGAAUAUAUAAAAUAUGGCGACGAAAGUGCUUACGAGCUCAAUUUUCUUAUCGUUGGAGGUUGUGACGCCCGACAUCUCAUCAAGACCUUGGCUCAAGCGUAUCGUCAACCGAGACGAUACAUGAAUUUGUUCGUAGUCGACGGCUGCCCAGAGCUUAUUGCUCGACAGAUUCUUCUACUAUCUCUGGCUUUAGAGAAAACAACUCGAUGUGGACUCUUAGAAAAAACUAGACGAUUUCUGGAGGUGUACGGAAACCUGCUACUCCGACCGCCGACAUCAAGGUACAUAAUAGCCAAAGCUCGUCAAUUAGUAGGCAUGAUAACUAAUCCGGAGUACAUGAGCUGUCUUAUACCGUGCAUAUCAGUUGAUCAAACAAAAUACCGCGAGAGAGACUACAUAGAAAACCUCUUCAAUUUUUGGACCACGGGAAAUACGAAUCAGUUUAACGCUAAUGAACUAUGGGAGCAUCGUGUCAGGCAAAGUCUUGGCGUUAGAUAUGACAAUAGAAUGGGUAUUUACGAUUGGGAUUAUCACAUGCGCAUGAAAGAAGUUGCCAGUCAAAUAUGUUCCCAAGAAUAUAAGCAUUUUAGGGAACAUGGCGUCGCCUUCACAUGGUUGGAGACUGAAGUGUGCCGACCCAACGUAUCGUUAGCGGCUGGUGUCUACAAAUGUGGCGAUAGAUAUCUCCAUCGGGGAUAUCUCGGGGAUAUGGUAACUUCGCCGUAUAUCGCGUAUGGACUCGAUUGUGAAGACAAAGACAUGCUGAAAUCCUCCCGUGGCGUUAACUACAAACGAGCUACCGAUAUAUCUGAGCGAAACGUUAUGAGAAUGUUGUAUGAACUCGAGAAUCGUUCACCGUUCGAUGUAAAGGCAUUAAACAUAGACAGCCAACAGAAUUUAGGUAUGACUGUUUUGAGCCAAUUAGACGCGAAGAUUUCUGAAACUGGUUUUGAGACGCCUUUGGUCUUACGUGAAGAUAGAGAUACUUACAUAGACGUAGACUAUGGGAAAGUCCAUUUCCUUUCGUUGUCCGCGUUGGAUCAUUAUCCUCACAAGCCACAGUUCCAGGGCUUGUUCCAUGGAGUGUUUGUUGGUCACAACGUGCUUCCGCGCGUGAAGCCCAGCGUCUGGUCGAUGGCGCGCGAUGAUGCUGUAGUUAUAAUGGAAUCUCAAAAGUAUUUAGGCGAAUUGAAGAGAGAGGACGUUAAAGCGUAUGGAGGGCAGAUUCAGCAAGCUGCUACAACUGCCCAAUGCGACAAGCUCAGCCCUUUCAAUCCUGAGAAGGAUGACUUCGCAAAGUUUGUUAUAAGAAGAAAGAGUGAGAGCACCGAUAACGCUAUUUAAA